CGAAGUGGUGCAAAAGUUGUUGCCCCUCACAGACAUGGCGCUGUCCUUACUCUUCACCGGGACGUUUUUCUUUCUUCUCAGCGCUGAGGUGCUCGAGGCCCGGCUGGAGCCCUAUGACUCUCUGUAUGACAACGGCGUGCAGGCGUAUCAUCGCGGCGACUGGCAUUCCGUUAUCCUCUUUAUGGAGAAGGCGCUGCGGAACCGUGAGCUCCUACGGCGCCACCACAUCAGCUGCCGCCUCCAUUGUGCCAACCACACCGGCGGCUUCUCCGAUCUGCCCCUGAACUGGGGACCCGUGCAAGACCUGACAUUCUUCCAGAGGCUCCUGGAAAGAGCCGAAUGCCUGAAACGCUGCGAAGAGGAGAAGAUCGGGGCCCCGUCUGACUUCUAUAUUACCAGCCAGGAGCUGCAGUUGGAGUUCAACAAGCGCAGCCCCUACAACUACCUCCAGGUGGCUUAUUUCAAGAUCCAUAAAAUUGACAAAGCAGUGGCUGCUGCAUACACCUUUUACAUUGCGAACCCAGAACACAUGGAAAUGAGACAGAACUUGGAGUAUUACAAGAUGAUGGAAGGUGUUAAGGAAUCUGACUUUAGGGAUCUGGAAGCAAAACCCCACAUGCACGAGUUCCGUUUGGGGGUGAGUUAUUACACAGAUGAGGAGCCAGCACCUUCUAUUGCACAUUUUGAGAAGGCUUUGGAGGAAUAUUUUGUAGCUGACCUUGAGUGUCGGAGCAUGUGUGAAGGGGCCUAUGAUUAUGAUGGUUACAACUACAUGGAUUAUAAUUCUGAUUUAUUCCAGAGUAUAACAGAUCAUUAUGUUCAAGUUAUGAACUGCAGGCAGAGCUGUGUAACAGAGCUAGCAUCACAACCAGGACGUGAUAAGCCAAUUGAAGAUUUCCUCCCCUCACACUUAAACUACUUGCAGUUUGCAUACUACAACACUAAUAAUUACACAAAAGCAAUUGAAUGUGCAAAAACCUUCCUGCUAUUCUUCCCUAAUGAUGAGGUUAUGAAUCAGAAUUUGGCUUACUAUGCUGCUGUACUUGGAGAAGAAGAGGCAAAGUUGAUUUUUGCAAGAGAGGAUAUUAAUGCUUAUAUUCGAAGAAGUGUGCUUGAGAAAGAACUGCUUUACUUUGCCUAUGACACCUUUGGAAUUCCUUUUGUCGACCCAGAUAGCUGGACUCCAGAAAAUGUUAUACCAAAGAGGCUUAGAGAAAAACAAAAGAUGGAGAGAGAGACAGCAGCCAGAAUUACUGAAGAGAUUGGAAACCUGAUGAAAGAAAUAGAAAAUCUUGUGGAAGUGAAGAAUAAAGAAACCUUCGAUUUAACAAGGACAAUACAUGAAGGUGGUCCAGUUUUGUUUGAUGGAGUCAACGUAGUGAUGAAUUCAAAGAUACUAAAUGGGUCUCAGCGAGUUGUUACAGAUGGCGUUAUCUCAGAAGAGCAGUGUCGGGAACUUUUAAGACUUACGAAUGCAGCUGCUUCAGCUGGUGAUGGAUACCGUGGAACGACUUCCCCCCAUACUCCAAAUGAAAAGUUUUAUGGCGUUACUGUGUACAAAGCACUUAAGUUGGGGCAAGAGGGGAAGGUUCCUUUAAACAGUGCACUCUUAUAUUAUAAUGUUACUGAUAAAGUAAGAAGAGUGGUGGAGUCAUACUUUCGACUGGACAGCCCACUUUACUUCUCUUACUCCCACCUUGUCUGCCGAACUGCUGUUGAAGAGAAACAGGAUGGAAGAAAGGAUUUAAGUCAUCCUGUGCACGUUGAUAAUUGCAUUCUAAAUGCAGAAGCAAAUAUGUGUAUAAAGGAACAUCCAGCUUAUACUUUCCGUGAUUACAGUGCCAUACUGUAUUUAAAUGGGGAUUUUGAAGGAGGAAAUUUUGUUUUCACAGAACUUGAUGCAAAAACAAUAACUGCUGAAGUGAGACCACAGUGUGGGCGAAUGGUGGGAUUCUCCUCUGGAGAAGAAAAUCCUCAUGGAGUAAAUGCAGUUACUAAAGGCCAGAGGUGCGCUGUUGCUUUAUGGUUCACUCUAGAUCCCCGUCAUAAUGAGAGGGAAAGAGUCCAGGCUGAUGACUUGAUAAAAAUGCUCUUCAGUCCGGAAGCAGAUCUAUUCCAGGAAGAGGCACUAGAGAAAACAGGCAAACCACUUCCUCCAGGGGAGGCCAAUGUGAGACCGUCUGACUCAGAAUCACCAUCUGUGACCCCUGAUGCGAAUGCAAUAGAUAAACAACUUGAUAAUACAGAUUCGGUUGCUGCAGAAAACAAAGACUCCCCUGUAGAACAUGUUCAAGGACCACCUGUGGACUCCAAAUCCAAGACAGAAUUAUAACAUUAACAUGGGACUUUUGGCCGUGCCUUGGAGACUGCUCGGAAUCAGGGAGAUACAUUUCCACAAAAGUGUAACGAAAAACCAAAGCAUAAUGUUAAUGCUUUAAAUUUUGUUUAAAACAUUAGAAACACCCCGAGUCAUGAAUGUUUCAUGUACAAAUUUACAAAGACUUUUAGAUUCUAAGCUAGAACAUAACAACGUGCAUUCUGGCUUGCAAUCUUUGGUAUGUUUUUUUAUUACAGGAGGAGGUGGUUUUGUUUUUUUUAACCAGGCCUUGUAGUCCCAUGCCAUAAGUGAAUACCAAGGGGAAAUAUCUGAUUUACUUGUUGUUUACCCUGAUUUACUAAUAAUGGGUGACAGAUAUGUUCCAGUUUUUGACCUUGAGUGCUUCAUGGAAACAGAUACUGUACUUUUAACAGACGUUGAACGUAUGGGGGAAAAAAUGACAAUUUGGGCUCAAAAUAUUUUUUAAGGCAAAAUUUCUUUGCGUCCUGACAUUUUUGGUGCAGAUGUCAUUCGUUUUUUAAGUGAACAGUGUGAUAAUCUAGGACCUGCAUUGGUUGUGUAUUUAUUUGGAGCUGGUAGACUAGGUAUUUGGAAAACAAGCCAUUGCUAGUUCUUCAUAUUACACUGUUCUGCAUGAAUUUGUUUGUGGUUGUGGAAUGAUUGAGAGAACUCAAUACGUGUGCAAUUUUAUGACUUGAAACUGUGGCUCAUAAAAAUAAAAACUGAAAAUGUUUGGGA